AUGUGCCACACUAUUAUCCUUCCCCUGUCUCUGCUGUGCCACACUAAUAUCCUUCCCCUGUGCCACACUAAUAUCCUUCCCCUGUUCAGUUUCGAGGCGUGCUUCACGGUGAGAGAGGAUGCGAACCCAGAGUCGAGGAAGCAGCAUCUGUCGAGGUUCCAGGAGAACCCUCAGGCCUUUUGGGGCCCCAAGGCUCGGGCUAAAGCCGGAGGCCUGUGCUCAGAUCUUCAGGACAAGAGCAAACUGCUGCAGAACAAACGCAAAGCAGUGGAUUCUGUGGAUUACAAGAAGUUUCACUGCAAGAGACACAGACGGGGCUCGUGUGACUUGGGCGACGCCUGCCGUUACUCCCAUGAUGCUUCACUCCUGGACCAGCAGCAGUGA